AUGCACAUGGGGUCUCUGAAUCAUAUUCCGGAUCCUGUCUCGCCGCCAGUUGGCAUUGAAAAGCAAGACCUUAUCUCGAUGCUGCCUGGACCCUUGUGUGAAAAUCCACCCAGCAUUUCCAGAAUAUAUGCCUGGGUAAACGACUCACGAUCGUCCGACUAUUGGAACUAUGAUAAUGUGCCGAUAAAAUGGGGGGGGAAGUAUUCCGAAGUUUUCCUGGGGUUCAACAUCAAAACAAAUCAAGAGGUAAUCAUUAAGGUUUUAAAGCCGGUUAAAUCGAAAAAGAUCAAACGUGAAAUCAAAAUUUUGCAAAAUAUCUCUUCCGGCCCUAAUGUGAUCCAGCUACUGGAUAUCGUUAGAGACAACGAGUCCAAGGUUCCUUCUCUCAUUUUUGAGUAUGUCCGUAAUUCAGAUUUCAAGCAUCUCUAUCCCAAACUAACGGACCUUGAUGUCAGAUAUUAUCUUUUCGAGCUGUUGAAGGCCCUGGACUAUUGCCACUCCAUGGGGAUCAUGCAUCGAGAUGUGAAGCCCCACAAUGUUAUGAUUGACCAUGAAAAUAGAAAACUUAGACUUAUCGACUGGGGUCUGGCCGAGUUCUACCAUCCGGGGGUUAUGUACAAUGUCAGGGUAGCUUCUCGCUUCUUUAAGGGUCCCGAAUUACUGGUCAAUUUCCAAUGCUAUGAUUACUCCCUCGAUAUGUGGUCCCUUGGAUGCAUGUUAGCCGGAAUGGUUUUCAAGAAGGAGCCCUUUUUCAUGGGACAGGAUAAUAGUGACCAACUGGUUAAGAUUGUUCGGGUUCUGGGGAGCGAUGACUUUGACUGUUAUGUUGAAAAAUAUCACUUGGAAAUCGAUUCCAAGUUGAGGCAACAACUUGGCGUCCACACAAAGAAAAACUGGGCAAAAUUUAUACUCCCCGAAAACGAACAUCUUGCUUCGCAGGAGGCCCUUCACUUGAUUGACAACCUGCUAAGAUAUGACCAUCAAGAGCGCCUAACUACAAUUGAUGCGAUGAAGCACCCCUUUUUUGAUCCAGUUAGAAAAUAA